UCUCCCACCUGAUUAACAUAUAAUGCUUCUUCAUAGGUCAGAGACAGAAAAAAGAUACUGAGAGAAAGCGUGCUCCCUCCAUCUCCUUGUUUAUGUCUUUGGCUGUUCCUGCGUCUCUCAGUCUUGGUUCCACUGCCUCUUCAAACUUUGUGCCAAAUGGCGCUAUCUAUAAUAUUGGAGGAUAUUGGGUGAGACCCGCACAUAUGGAGCCAAAGAGUAGCGAGCCACACGUUCCUCUAGCACCAACAUUUUAUGCUCCUGUGGUGGUUGAGAAGGUUGAUGAAUGUGAUGAAGAUGAUUAUGGAAAGCUAACUAAGGAUCUUGGAAAAUUAAGUCCUCCGCUGGAGAUUAUAACAAAAGCCCACGAAAAGCUCGGUGACAAUAUUGCUCUAGCUUUCAGUGGACCCGAAGAUGUUACUUCGAUGGAGUCAUGGUUAACUGGCUGCCUUGUUUCGGUGUUCAUUGAUGCUGUUGAGGUGGCGCUUCUUCGGAAUGCUCUUAAGGGCGUGAGGCCUAUGGAAGGAUCAUCAGAUGGCUUUUUUGGAUGCCCUCCAUUGAUUAUGAUGAUCAUGAGAAAAGCCAAAUUAUACCCAUCUUCUUGUACGGAACUGGGAUUACUGAGCAGCAGCAAUAUGCUUUUGCUGCCGCAAUCAUGUGCUUGGUAGAGAUCCUAUGAUCUUCUCGUACUUACAAGAGAAGAGUUCCCCUCUGCAACAACUUCAAGUUUGUAAGCUUUUGUGAUCAUGAAUUGCUGCUGUAAACAUGGUCCAAAAGUCUAUCUCUCCCUUAAUUUGUUCGUGUUUUCACAAAAAUAAACUAAGUAGUGGAAGGCGAACACAGGGAGCUAGCAUGAACUAUGGUGGUAGUGAUGUGCUUAUAUACACAUUCUAUCGCUUCUUGCACUAGAAUCUGCUUCUUAAUUGGAAGUUUCAUGUACUAGCAUAUAUAUAUUGUGUGUUUUCUUUCUUUCU